GCAGAGGGCCGAGCUGGAGGCGGGGGCCGCGCCGCGCAAUGUCCGCGGAGAGGCGGACGCGCCCGGGCCCGAGUGGCGAGGGCAUCAAGUUGUCAUCAGAAGUCAAACUAGUUGUUCCAAAACACGCGGAGGCAACUGUGGCGUGGUCAGAACCCUCAGAAGCAUGUGCCUUUCCUAGGUACUUAACUACAUGCUACCCUCUUGUUCGGGAACCAUCUUUGGAUAAUAUUCUGGGAGAUCCUGCCUUCCGUGAAUACUCCAGCUGCUCUUACUCACCUGAUGUUGUUGCAAAUGCGUAUCCAGUAGCUGGCUCACAGUAUCUCUGUAACAACUCAACACAUUCUAAUGGUUCAGGAAUAGUCAGUGAAUCAGCUGAGCAAACGUAUCUAAUCAGAAAAGAGAGUAAGACUCAUUCAAAGCAGAUGAGACCAAAAGAGAGUGAGAAAAGAACAGACAAGAAAAGGCAUGAUGGAGAUGAGUCUUCUGUCAGAAAUGCGAACAAGACAUCGUACCAGACCUCUGCAUGCAGCAGGGAUCCCAUGAAGCCAGACAAGUUCAAUAACACUACAAACAAGAAAUCAACUCAGACUCCAAAAACAGAGUCUCUUCCUGUACCUGCCUUUGAAACUGCCAUCCUGGAUUUCCACAAGUCACAGAGUUUGGAAAGCAAUGAGAAUGCACAGCAUAGGAGUGGACGCGUGUGUUCAGCGGGAACUAAUAUUUCGUGCCUUAGUCAACCACAGGUGUCUUUUUGGUUGAACACACAGAGUGAUUCCUCUGCAGAAAGCAAAGCUUCAACAAAAACUUCAGAUGAAACAGUAGCCAGCUUAAUUCCCUCUUCAUUUGAUGGUAGAGAUGGCUCUGCUCAGCCAUAUGUGUCUUGGGCCAUGGUGCUUUCACAGCCCCCGAAGAAAAUUGUGUCAUCACCAGUACCUGAAGGUCUUUCCAGAGGCAAAGGCAAGCAGGAUAGUAAAAUGAAGGAGUCAGAAACAAAAAAUGACGCUAGUGAAACUGAGCUUGAAGAAGGGUCAGAAAAGAAGAAAAAAAAGAAGAAAAAGAAGAAAAAAACAAAGUCGCCCACUGAUGUGGAGAAACCUCAAAAUGAAUCUGUUAUAAUACAGGAACCGCCAAGGAUUGAGGAUGCUGAGGAGUUUCCUGAUCUGGCAGCUGCCUCUGAUAGAAGAAACAGGCUAGGAUCUCAGAAAUCAUCAUUUACUCCUGCUGUCAGGAAGCAGUCUGAAAUUCAUCUGACAGAAGAGCCUUGGGAUACUUGGUCUCCCACAGUAGAUGGAGUUCCCAAAGUGGAUGGGCUGUCAGGGAAGCAAGCUUCGUCUUCUGUAUUAGAAAGAAAGAAAAUGCAGGAAACAUCCAGGAGCAGUGGAAAGAAGAGUCAAAUUCCUGUGCAGUUGGAUUUGGGUGGCAUGCUGGCAGUCUUGGAGCAGAAGCAGCAAACAGAGAAGUCAAAACAGUCUUCUAAACCUGUGGUGUUUUCAGUUGGUGGUGCCAUACCAUUGCUUUCUAAAGAACCUACUACAGCCACAAAAAGUCACCGAUCAAGCCAAGGAAAGAUGCCUCAUAACCCUUUGGAUUCCAGCGCUCCUUUGGUAAAGAAAGGGAAACAGAGAGAAGUCCCUAAAGCAAAGAGACCAACACCUCUUAAAAAGAUUAUUCUGAAAGAAAGAGAACAACGAAAACAGCAACACCUGUUAGUACAGACAGCAGUACCAAAAGAGGAAGAUAAUAGUAUUUGUAAGUCUGCAGAAAAUAUUAUUGAAGACAAAAUGCUUCCACCGGAUGGUCACGCAGCUGUUCCUGUAACACAAGUUGCCGAAGGGUUUCUUGAGAACACAGGGGUAGAGGAAUCAACAAAACCUUCUAUGACCUCAAAGCAGCCAACCUCCAAUCUUCCAAAAAUCCACAGCAGGAAUUUCAGAGAUUAUUGCAGCCAGGUACUUAGUAAAGAAGUUGACAGUUGUGUGACAGAUCUCUUAAAAGAACUGGUUCGUUUCCAAGAUCGCUUGUAUCAGAAAGAUCCAGUAAAGGCCAAGAUAAAACGCAGGCUUGUUAUGGGUCUUAGAGAAGUUUUGAAACACCUGAAGCUGAAAAAACUGAAGUGUGUCAUCAUCUCUCCUAACUGUGAAAAGAUUCAGUCAAAGGGUGGGUUGGAUGAGACUCUACACAAUAUUAUUGACUGUGCCUGUGAACAGAAUAUCCCAUUUGUUUUUGCCCUUAAUCGCAAGGCUCUGGGCCGAUGUCUGAACAAAGCAGUGCCUGUGAGUGUGGUGGGAAUUUUUAGCUAUGAUGGGGCUCAGGACCAUUUUCAUAGAAUGGUACAACUGACAACAGAGGCCAGGAAGGCCUACAAAGAUAUGAUAGCAGCUUUAGAGCAAGAAGCUGAAGGAGGACCAACAGAAACUCAACCCAGCGUCUUAACCACUGAAUAUGAAAAAAAUGGCUUAUUAGAAACUGGGAAAACAUCUUCCAGGGACUCCGAUGAGGAUGUACCAAAUUAUAUUAAAAUCUGGAGGAGAAAACUUGAAGAAGAGUAUAACCCAUAUGCACUGGAACUGGAAGAGAGUGCAGCGGCUUCCGAAUUCACUGUCACCGUGUCAGAACAUCAGUAAAUCCAGAUCCAGCUCUAUUGGGCUUUUAGUAAUAUUUUUUCAGACCCCUAAGAAGAGGGUAGUAAAAUACAAUAAUCUAAGGAAUACCUGAAGUCAGCUAAGGAAACUGUUCUGAGUCCCUCUAAGCAAAAUAGGCACUGGAGCAAAUGAGGCACUGGUUAAUGCUUUUAUGUUCUGUGUGUUUGGUUGAUCACUAUAGGAGCUGAUAACAGCAAAUUGUCUUACCCCCAAACAGCUUGGAGUGGAUUUAUAGACUAUCACUGUUUUGUUAGUGAUACAACAUAGGAAAAGAUCUUGCUAGAAGAGUAAUUUUAUUUGGGAAGAGAUAUCAUGAGCCAGAAGGUUAGGACUUGGGAUUUGCUUUUUGUAACUCUUUCUUAAAGAACUUCACCUGGGUUUUGUUGGUAGGUUUGCUUUGGUUGUUUGUUUUUUUUUUUCUUUCUUCUUCUGAAGAAACCUGCUCAGAUGGGCAGGCUGGCAUCAGUGUCACUGUCCUCCAGUCAGCAAGCAAUGUAUUCUGGGUAGACAGUUUGUUUGUUUGAAGCUAAUUAAGGAAGAACAUCAUGACAAAGUUCCCAAGUCAGCUCUUCUUUGUGGUAUAUUUGUUCUUCUGGGAUCAUACAGUAGGUAUAAGGGAGAGUAUAAAAUACAAAGGUCUGAAAUGCCUGCAGUGAAAAUAUUCUCUUUAGAAAUUUAUGAAGUUGAUUUUGCUACUGGGACUAGUUUGUCAUAGGUCCUGCUUUGAAGUUAUAGGCUGUUUUCUGAAGAACAGCAUAUGUGCCAGCCUGCCAUCCUAUCUGUAUCUUCUCCAUGCUGACAGACUCCUAAUUCCUCCAAUUUGGGGUUGUGUUGGUACAUACAUGAAAAAGUUUUUUAUCAAUAUCCGAUUGUAUCUAAGGUGGGGAAAAUGUCUAUCUUAAAAAACUAAAUGUGCUCAUAAUGGUGGUGGAGCACCUUAGUGGGGAUGUCCUAUAUAAAUACCAGUGUUUACAAGUUGCAGAUACAAGAGAACAAAGAAAGAAACAGGAGCCUAAAGAAAGUAAUGAAG